AUGGUAUCGGGACAACCGCAGAUCUUGUCAUUACGUGAACUGGAGAUUCAGGCUGGCAAGCGGCUACCGGAAGUCACGUCUGAAUACUUUGCCGAUGGCGCUGGUGAGCUGCAGCAGACGUUGAGGGAGAGUGUGGAAGCAUAUGCUCGCUAUAGACUGCAACCACGAGUGGGGCGAAAGAUUUCAUUGAUAGAUGCGAGGACGUCGAUAUGGGGCGGCACUUUGAGCAUAUCGAAUUCACACCGGUUUUCGGCUGCUAACGACCACAAACAGAGCUUUCUGCCGAUCGGGAUAGCGCCCUCUGCGAUGCAUCAGCUUGCCCAUCCUGAUGGUGAGCUCGCUACAUCUCGAGCGUCGUCCAGUCGAGGCAUUCCCAUGAUCCUGUCGCAAUCCGCUACCGCAUCAAUUGAGGACGUAACAUCGGCAUCCCUAAACGACACACGAAAGCUGUACGCGCAGCAAACUACAUUAGUCGAGGACUGGUCAGCGAAUCUCGCAUUAUUUCGGCGGGCCGAGAAAGCGGGCUGCAAGGCGGUGGUUCUGUCUGUGGACUGCUCGGUACCUGGUCGGCGGUUGGGAGAAUUGAGAAAUGGGUUCGUGAAGCCAGCGCAUCUCACAUUUCCCAAUAUCGAUUACGGAGAUGCUCCAGAUCUGCAUACAGCAAAAACGGAGAGGAGCCCUGCAGUCACGUUUGACCGCAAUGUCACUUGGGAGACGUAUAGAAGGGUGGUAGAGUCGACGAGCUUGGAGGUGUACCUCAAAGGCAUCUUGACAGCGGAAGAUGCAUUGCUUGCUGUCGCAGCCGGUGUACAUGGCAUCAUCGUCUCAGCCCAUGGCGGACGACAAUUGGACGGUGUCGUGCCCCCCCUGGGCGCGCUCCCUGGGAUGGUGGACGCUGUUGGCGGACGUAUUCAAGUGAACGUGGAUGGCGGGAUACGCCAGGGGUCAGACGUCUUCAAAGCAUUCGCUCUUGGCGCUGACUUUGUUUGGAUCGGUCGUCCAGCUCUGUGGGGUCUUGCCUACGACGGCGAGCAAGGCGUCCAGCUUGUGAUCGACCUUUUGACGGAGGAAUUGGUCAAUGUGAUGGCUUUGUGCGGUGCUGCAACGCUACAAGAUAUCACACGCGGGCAUUUGGGUAGAUAUUUACAAGGGUGA